AUGCCGGCUACCUCCGAACUUCCCUUCGUACCGCCCAAUUCCUCGACCCGGUCGUCUUCCCCCUCGUUUUUCGCCUCCUCUUCCUCCUCCUCCUCCUUCUUCUCAUGUGCUCCCGGUCUCCUUAGAGCCGGUCUCACUGACGGCCUUCACGGUUGGAGUGAAAUCGGCUUGUCCGGUCUGGCCAGGGCCGAUGCAGCCUCGGUGCUGACGACCACAGGCAGCAGUGCCACGACCACUGCGGCAACCUCAACUGACGAUGUGGCGCGACUCGUUUCGAGGAACGGACCUGUCAACGGACUCGGAGUCGAGCCCGAUGCUGAGAAGUUGGGCCCACUGACGGGCGGUUUUCGUUGCCGUCUGUCCGGCUCAGCGUCAUUUGGAACCGGACAACAGUUGGCCUCGCAACUUGGCACCAGGCGGAUGGAGAAUUGGGGAUAUCGCCACGGAAUGAAGGAUGAUCUAGCCUUCAAUUCGAUCAGUCAAGAGCUGUUGGCAGGUCUAGGCAGCACAUCCGGCCUUCAGGGACCACAGUCGGCCAGACUAUCCGCUUCCACAGACACCUCAUUCCGACAGCGAGGACUCUUGAAAAGCAGAAAUAUUCAACUAGGGUCUUCGGAUUUCAGAAAUCCCGACGAUGUGAUGAGCAUUGAGAGCUCAUUAAAAGCAGCUAGUUCGGUAACAAACCCGUCCAGGUGA